AACGGGAGGCAGGGCGAUGUAGGGGCGGUGCUCGGCCAAUGGCGGGGCGGGGCGGCCCCGCGCGGGGCACGCCGGGAAUAUGGAGAACUUCUCGGCGCUGUUCGGCGCGGCGGAGCCGCCGCCCGCCGCCGCCGCCGCGCUCGGAUUCGGGCCCGCCAAGGCUCCUGGCGCCGGGGCCGCACCGCCACCCGCUGCCUCGGCCGCCGCGCCGCCGCCGGGCGAGGACGCGGCCCGCAAGGCCGCCGCCGGCCCCUUCUACCUGCUGCGGGAGCUGCCAGGCACUACGGAGCUGACGGGCAGCACGAACCUGAUCACUCACUAUAACCUGGAGCACGCCUACAACAAGUUCUGCGGGAAGAAGGUGAAGGAGAAGCUCAGCAACUUCCUCCCCGACCUGCCCGGCAUGAUCGACCUGCCCGGCUCCCACGACAGCAGCAGCCUGCGCUCGCUCAUCGAGAAGCCGCCCAUCUGCGGCAGCUCCUUCACGCCGCUGACGGGUGCCAUGCUGACCGGAUUCCGCCUGCACGCCGGCCCGCUGCCCGAGCAGUGCCGGCUGAUGCACAUCCAGCCGCCCAAGAAGAAGAACAAGCACAAGCACAAACAGAGCCGCACACAGGACCCCGUCCCCCCAGAAACCCCCUCGGACUCCGACCACAAGAAGAAAAAGAAGAAAAAAGAGGAGGACCCGGAGCGGAAGAGGAAGAAGAAAGAGAAGAAGAAAAAGAAGAACCGGCACAGCCCAGAGCACCCGGGGGUGGGCAGCUCCCAGGCCAGCAGCAGCUUACGGUGAGGCCACGCCGGCGACGCCCUGGGGAUCCCCCGGCCCACGGGAACAGCCCCGGCUGACCCCAGGGACACUGGGGCUGGCCUGCCCCCCUGGCUAAGAGGACACCCCUGCAGCCCCCCAGGACCAGGGCCGCGGACUCUGUGGGUGCUGACCUUGGGCUUUUGUACCUGAAGAACCCGGAGCAUCAAAGCCUCUUUUUUAGUCACCUUCUAAAGUCUGCUCUGAGGAGGGGCUGGUGGCCGUGGCUGCCGGGACCCUCGGCUGUCACGGAGGAGCGCGAACCAAGGUGUCCCUGGAGCGUGCAGGGUGCGCUCCCUUUGGAUCCCAAAUGUCACCGGCACCCACACCACCUCCCCUGGAGCCUCUUUUCCCAUGCCUGGAAAAUCCUUACCUGCUGUGGGAUCAGAGUUUGCCUCAAGUCGGAGCCUCCCCAAAAGUGGGCCAGGCUCAGCUCUUACCAGACCCCCUUCUCUCUCUCCCUCGGGAUGGGGGGAAGGACGAGCCCCUGAGGAUCAGGAGCCCUGGAGGGGCUGCUCCAUCCCUGGACACCAAACAAAGCACACGCACGGCCCCGGGGUGGCUCAUUAAAUAUCCUUUUAUUCCUUGUUUUUAAAAUGGCUGAUAAUAAUAAAAAACCCUGGCGUGGCUGUGCGGGGCCACGGGAGCUAUUGCCGUAGAGAAAGAGUCCGGUAGUGCCGGCAGGGCUUUGGGGACAGGGAGCACGGGGCUCCUUGGCUGCGUUUUUUUUUGGCAUGUGAUGAGAAAAUAUUGCUUUCCGGGGAUGCACCUGCCUCUUCCCCGAGCGAGCGGAAAUAAAAACACCCCUGCGACAGCGAGAAA